AUGCCACUACAGCUAGACAAGCGUAUAGAAAGACCUCAGGACUCCAUGGAAGUCCACAUGGGAUCAGACACAGAAGAGCGCGACCCGGUCAAGCCCGAGAAGAAGCCCGCCAAAGCAGUGUCAGCCAACGAUCGGAAGAGAUGGAUGCCACCCGAGACACACAGCGACCCGUACGACCUGCUUCACCGCCGUGCCGAGAACGACCUUCGUAAUGUUGGUGCUUGGACGCGAACAUACACUGCGCACACUGACGCGAAGCAAACGGAGCCUCGGGACCGAUAA